GGAGGCGGACAGAAGGUUGGAGCUGCCUGAGGGAAGGUGGGCGCGCACCGUUUUUUUCUGUUUUUCUUUUAAAAGGCGGGCAGAGGGAUAGUGGAUGUGCGGGCAGUGGAACGGAGGCCAGAGCGGAGGUGAGCGAACGUGGAGGAAAGGGCAGAGGGAUGGCGGAUGUGCGGGCAGCGGAACGGAGGCCAGAGCGGAGGUGAGCAAAGGUGGAGGAAAAGUGGGCGAAGGCGGAGAGGAGAUGGCAGGAGGAGGCGGACGGGAGGUGGCGGAGGCAGAAACGAUUUGGCGGGAGGUGAUGGCGGGAGGAGGCGGAGGUGAGCGAAGGUGGAGGAAAGGGCAAAGGGAUGGCGGAUGUACGGGCAGUGGAGCGGAGGCCAAAGCGGAGGUGAGCGAAGGUGGAGGAAAAGUGGGCGGAGGCGGAGAGGAGAUGGCGGGAGGAGGCGGACGGGAGGUGGCGGAGGCAGAAAGGAUUUGGCGGGAGGUGAUGGCGGGAGGAGGCGGAGGAGAUGGCGUGAGGAGGCGGAUAGGAGGUGGUGAAAGCGGAGAGGAGAUGGCGGGAGGAGAUGGAGGGAGGAGAUGGUGGGAGGAGAUGGCAGGAGGAGGCGGAUGGGAGGUGGUGGAGGUGGAGAAGAAUAACGGGAGGAGGCGGACGGGAUGUGGCGAAGGCCCAGAGGCGAUGGUGGGAGGAGGCGGAAGGGAGAUGAUGGAGGUGGAGGAGAAGUGGCGGAGGCGGGGGAGGAAAGAGAGAGAGGAGCUGGCAGGGGGAGGCAGACGGGAGUCAGAUGCGUAUUCUCCUCCUGAAGUGUUGCGAUGGUAUGGUGCAUGGUUUUUACUGUGCAGAGGCUUCCGCAAUAUGUGUUCACACACAUCAUCACACACACACACAGGGGAUAGGGAGGCAGAGGCAGAGUGGAGUUGGUGGGACAGAUGGCGGAAGGAGAUGGCGGGAGGCGGCGGAUGGGAGGUGGCGGAGACCGAGGCGGAGGAGAAGUGGCAGAGGUGGGGGGAGUAAGAAGAGAGAGGAGAUUGCGGGGGGAGGCAGAGGGGAGGUGGGUGGACACAGAGGGGAGGUGGGUGGAGACAGGGGAGGUGGGCGGAUACAGAGUCACCUCAGAGGGGCCUUCAAGCAAAACCUUGCAACACAGCACACACGAAGCCACGGGCCGUCGGACUCUAGCGAGGGCGCUAAGUCACGGGCUGUUCGAUGCAAGCAGGGCCAUAGCCCCGCCUGCCCUGCAACGGGGAAUGGACAGCAGUUGCCCGGGCCGUUCCUUCACGACGGGCCCUCUUUUCAACAGGCCCGACGAUCCAGGCCACCCGCGGUCCUACCGGGCCGAUGGCUCGGAUCAUCCCACGAUCUUAAGACUUUAAGAUCG